GUGGGGACCGAGUUCACCACCAUCCUGUACAACUUCAUGUGCAACAGCAGCUGCGUGGGAGGAAUGAACAGGAGGCCCAUCCUCAUCAUCAUCACCCUGGAGACGAGAGACGGGCAAGUCCUCGGAAGGAGAUCGUUCGAGGGCCGGAUCUGUGCCUGUCCCGGCCGGGACCGGAAAGCUGAUGAAGACCAUUACCGAGAGCAACAAGCCCUGAACGAGAGCGCAGCUAAAAACGGCAACGCCAACAAGCGCACCUUCAAGCAGAGUCCCCAGGGCAUCCCGGCGCUGGGGGCCAGCGUUAAGAAACGGAGGCACGGGGAGGAGGAGAUGUAUUAUGUGCCCGUUCGAGGCCGGGAGAACUUCGAGAUCCUGAUGAAGAUAAAGGAGAGCCUGGAGCUGGUGGAGCUGGUCCCACAGCAGCUGGUUGCCUCUUACCGGCAGCAGCAGCAGCAGCUGCUGCAGAGGCAGAGCCAACUGCAGACGCCUUCCUCCUACGGCCCCGUCCUCUCGCCCAUGAACAAAGUCCACGGCGGAGGAAUCAACAAGCUGCCCUCGGUCAACCAGCUGGUGGGGCAGCCAGCGCAGCACGGCUCCGGGUCCAGCUCCAGCUCCGCGCCCAGCCUGGCGCCCAUGGGACCCGGAAUGCUGAACAGUCACCCCAUGCAGCCCAACGGAGAAAUGAAUGGGGGCCACGCGUCCCAGUCUAUGGUCUCGGGGUCACACUGCACCCCCCCGCCGCCCUACAACCCCGACCCCAGCCUCGUCAGCUGUGCCUCAGCGGCGUUGUACUUCCAGGAUCUCGGAGCACUGAAGAUCCCGGAGCAGUACAGGAUGGUCAUCUGGAGAGGUCUGCAGGAGCUCAAACAGAGCCACGACUACGGGGCGCAGCAGCUCAUCCACACCAUCACCAUCCCCAACCGCGGCGCGGCCGACGAGUGGGCGGACUUCGGCUUCGACCUCCCGGACUGCAAAUCCCGCAAACAGUCCAUAAAGGAAGAGUUCACGGAGGGAGAGAUCAACUGA